GUGACUGACAUUACCACCACCCACCUACCUAGAUACCAUCAAAAACCACUACCACGUCAGCUCGAACGCAGUAGGUAGAACUCCUGCCCUCAGCUCAUCCUCUGUUUGAAAGCCGCCUACCGACAUCAUCACAUGUCGACAACAUCAUCUCUCAGACAUGUUCCCUUCUGACCAUUGCUAACUGCGGAAUUAGAGCACAGUACCACUUGCCAUCAUCGCCUCUAGCAUUGCCGUUCAACAAACCAUAUCACGAAAAAGUUUUCACAACGGCCGUUGCUUACCAGCAAAAGAUCAGUCGACAGUACCUCCGCCCUAGUCAAAAUGGCUGCCCCAUCUUUAUUUUCUUCCUCCCGCGCUGCUGCCAAUCUCGCGUGGCUUGCCCCAGAGAUUCAGCCCAUGCCCAUGCCUCUGGACACUUCCAGGCCCAUCGACAACAUGGCGUCUACCAACUCCACGUCUCACAACUUCCACUGCCCUGCCACUCCGGCAGACAAGCGCCCCGUUCAACUUGCUUCGGUCAUCACGCCUCCUCGCUCUCCGCUCACACCGACCCACCAGCGGAAGCUGGUGACCGUCCGGCGGGUGCAGAAGGUCGACAUGGACAGACACAAAAUUCUCGACAAAGUGGUUAUCGACGGCUGGACCGUCGCCGCCGCACGCCACUCCGUCCGCGAGGGUCAACUUGCCAUUUUCAUCGAGCCCGAUGCUCUCCUGCCUGCUGUGGAUGAGUACUACUGGCAGUUCUCGCAGGCCGGCAACCGCACUUGGAUCAAGGGCAAGGAGUAUUUCCGCGUUGCCACAAAAUGUCUUGGUCACCCGAAGAAUCCAAGGUCACAGUGGGUUUCGCAGGGACUUGUCCUCAAGCUGGAGGACUUCCCGGAGAUCAACGCUGAUGUGAUCCGGAAGGGUAGGCUGGCGAUGUUUGAGGGAGAGGAGAUUUCUCAACAAUUGGUCGACUACUCGGACAUGCUGGGCGUCACGAAGUGGGAGCCCCAUGGCACCGCCGGUCCCAACGGAAACGGCAAUGUUCUCGUGAAGAUGCCGUCUUUCAUUCAAAAGACGAACAUCGAACGUGUCCAAAACUGCCUCAACCUUUUCAUCAAGGAAAAGUACGAGCAUAUCAUCUACCAGGAAACCAUCAAGCUCGACGGCAGCAGCAUGAGCGUCUACUUCGUUCCCAAGACAUCAAAGUACUUUGGUAGCCUUCAUCGACCUCAUCCCGGAUCUGAGGCCCAGACUGUUCUCAGCUCAGGUCGCUUUGGUGUCUGCAGCAAGACCAUUGACUUGCCCUACUCCAAGGACUGCCCGUACUGGAAGGCAGCACUGGCAAACAACUUGCCAGCCAUUCUCGAAGGCCUGCACCAGAAGAACAAAAACGGUACCAUUGCCAUCCAGGGCGAACUCGUUGGCCCUGGAAUCAAUGGCAACCACCACAACCUGCCGGAGAACUCCGACCCGGAGUUUCACGUCUUUUCGAUCUGGGACAUCCGGAACCUGAAGCGCUGGGACCCCCGCGUUGUCAAGAAUUUCGCCGAUGCUCACAACCUCAAGCACGUCAAGGUGAUGGGAUACCACAAACUCCAUGACAUUGCCGAGAGUCACGAGGACCUGAUCUCCUUGGCGGAGGUGAGGGGCGGUGAAGGCAUCGUGUUCAAGAGCUGCGUUGAUGGUCGCUGGUUCAAGGUCUUGUCACCGCAGUGGAUCGUUGAACAGGGUGAUGAGAAGGAUGCUCUGGAGGCGAACGAGUCGAAGACUGGAGGAAAGAAGAAUAACAUUUCGACCGGCAAGAAGAACAAUGCCUCGACCGGAAACAACGUUAAGACAACUGAUAUCUAUGCUACCAGCUUGGGUCAAGUCGAGGAGGUGAAGGCCGAGGCGAAGAGUUUUGGGCAGCAGCAAGCCGACAAUUAUGACAGCCGCGGCAUGGACAGACCAAAACAUACAGAGGUUGAGUUGCGCGAAGCCGAGAUUCAGGAGGAAAAGAUGAUGAUGAUCGAGAAUUGGUUGGACAAUGCUACGCCUGAUGAUGCGAAGAUGAAGGCCGAAGAGGCUUUGGUUACCGACCAUGUGAAACUCAAGGACACGAGCGAAGGAACGGCGGAGGAAGCCCUGGUUACCAAUAAGCCCGAGGACAUUGUCGAGAGGACGGCGGAGGAUGCUCUGGUUGCCGACAAACCCGAGGACACUGGCAAAGAAACUUCCGAAGGCGUAUCUAUCCAAGAUGUUGGAGAGAAGUCUGCCGAGAAGGAAGCUGGUACGCUCUCAGACACCCUUCCUCCAAAGGAGUUCGACAACGUGCAGGAUUUUAUGAAUGCCGCUGUUACCUGGCUCGGACAACCAAUGAGCCACAGAGAAGCUAUCGAAGAGAUCGGUCGCAUCAUCUUGACCGAAAUGGCCAUCAACAAAGAGAACAUUCAAGCGUCCAUGAAAGACUUGGCCGAGGUUGUACUGGAUGAGCUGAAGUUUGUCACAACCGGCGAGAGUAUCGCUCACCAAGAAAUGCCGUCCAAGGACGAUGCUCCGACCAAUAUCGCUCCCACCGUUCCCGACACUCCCAAGAGUCCUACCAACCCGGACACUCCAACUACUAUCGACGCUCCGACUAUUCCUCACGAAACCAACCCGGCAAUGGAGCCGGUGAUCGUUCCGGAGCUCGUGACAGAGCCGACGCAGCAAAUUACCAUGGGCAACCCUACUCCCCCCGCCUCUGAACAUGACGAUGAGCAGAACGAGUUGGCCGGCGUCAACUGGGAUGAUUACAAGGUCAUCAAGCGGGGAGGCCAGCUGGUGUGCAUCAGACGGGAAGACUAUGUCCCUAGAAGCCCGCCCUCCAUGUAUCCGUCGGCUGAGGAGAUGGCGCGCCGUAGAGAACAACGUCGCCGUUCUCGCCGUUCUCGUCGUUAGAGGCCAAGAAAGAGGUCUUCCGAGGCAUAUCAAGUUAUCGGGUUGUCAGAGCAUGGAAAUUGAUAGUUUGGGUGACUGGAUGUUCCUGGAGUUUAGGGGAGACUCGUUGAGAGUCGGUGGCACCGUGAGGGGAGUCUGGUGCCAAUGGCGUUCCUUUUUUUCUGUUGUCGGACCAGGUAGCGUUGCAGUUGCAGGAAGAAGGAAGAUGAUGCAGAGCAGGACUAUGGGCGUUCGGUUGCCAAAAUAUACCUAGGAGAUGACUGAGGUGGUUAGGUAGUCAUCAAAUUGCUGGUUUUCCCUUGAAGUUCAUAUUCUUCAUAUUGAUCAUGAACCAGUGACCUGAGCCUUGAUCCAGUCGCUCUGUUGACAAUCCAUGAACUGUGCGACUGAUAGAUGACUGGCGAGUGUCACUGAGGGUGUGAUGCUCAAACGCGGGCCGGUGGCACAACCGCAGUGCCGAAAACAUGUGGUGACGAUCUCAUUGUCAUUGGGUAACCAAGAGGCACAGCAUCGGUGGUGUAAGUCAAGAUGGUUGAGCUCGACGCCAGAGCCUUGGCGACAACAUUGUGAAUGACGAU